GUCCGGGACACGUCCCAGAGCAGGGAGGGAGGGCACUUCCACCGAGAGCAGGAGGGAGGAGCAGAGAGGUGUAAAAAUGACCAGCCUCUCCAGGAGUACAGAUGACCAGAAAGGCAUCGGUGAGAGCCCAGCUCACAAACCGGAGACCCCAAAGUACCGCAGCUGGAGCAGCCUCCGGUUCUCAAGAUGGAGAAGUGGCUCCCAGAGGACGAGCCCCCCUGGCACCCCUUCCCCAAAGACAGACAAGAAGGGGACCGAUGUGACCAAGACGCUCUUCUCCUUGGUCCAGACUCACAAUGACGACUACACAGCGGAUCCCGAUGGCCUGCUGGAUGCCAGUGUGGAGGGCGAAGAAGCUGAACAAGACCCCCCACAGGACCAGUCCACCUACUUCCAGAGACAGUUUGGAACCAUGCUGCAGCCUGGGGUCAACAAGUUCUCCUUGCGCAUGUUUGGCAGUCAUAAGGGUGUUGCUGCUGAGCAGGCCAGGGUCAAAAGCUUUGGAGUUUGGAUCAUCCAUCCCUACAGUGACUUCAGGUUUUACUGGGACAUCGUGAUGCUCCUGUUGAUGAUGAGCAAUCUGGUCAUUUUGCCCUGGGGAAUCACCUUCUUCGAAGACCAGAACACCGUACCCUGGAUCACCUUUAAUGUCCUGUCUGACACACUCUUCCUCAUGGACCUGGUUUUCAAUUUCCGCACGGGCAUCCCAGGUGAGGACAGCCACAUCCUCCUGGACCCCAAAGAUAUCCGCAUGCACUACCUCCGCACCUGGUUCUUGGUGGAUUUCAUCUCCUCCAUCCCAGUCGACUACAUCUUCCUCAUUGUUGACCUGGAGUCCCGACACGAGUCGUCUGACGUGUACCGCACCGCCCGCGCCCUCCGCAUUGUGCGCUUCACCAAGAUCCUCAGUCUGCUGCGUCUUCUCCGACUGUCUCGCCUCAUCCGCUACAUCCACCAGUGGGAAGAGAUUUUCCAUAUGACCUAUGACCUGGCCAGCGCUGUGGUGCGAAUAGUCAACUUGAUUGGCAUGAUGCUGCUGUUGUGCCACUGGGAUGGCUGCCUGACCUUCAUGGUGCCUAUGCUGCAAGAGUUCCCCCAAGACUGUUGGGUAUCUAAAAAUAAUAUGGUGAAUUCGACAUGGCACUUACAGUACUCCUACGCCCUGUUUAUGGCCAUGAGUCACAUGCUUUGUAUAGGAUACGGUGCCCACCCUCCAGAAGGCAUGACUGACGUUUGGCUCACCAUGAUCAGUAUGGUCGUGGGGGCCACCUGUUACGCCAUGUUCCUUGGUCAUGCAACUACCCUGGUCCAGUCCUUGGAUGCAUCACAUCGGCAGUAUCAAGAGAAGUAUAAGCAAGUGGAACAGUACAUGUCGUUCCAUAAACUGCCAGCGGAUGUGAGACAGAGGAUCCAUGAUUAUUACGAGCAGCGAUUCCAAGGCAAGAUGUUCGAUGAGGACAGCAUCCUCGGAGAGCUCAGUGAUCCGCUCAAGGAGGAGAUAGUAAGCUAUAACUGUCGUGGGCUUGUAGCCAACAUGCCACUGUUUGCCAAUACUGACCCUCAUUUUGUGACAGUCAUCCUGACCAAGCUGCGUUUUGAAGUCUUCCAACCCGGAGACUUGAUUAUACGAGAAGGAACACUGGGUCGGAAGAUGUACUUCAUCCAGCACGGCACUGUCACGGUCAUCCCACGUGGAAGUAAAGACAUCACGCUCAAUGAUGGAGCAUAUUUUGGGGAGAUCUGCCUGCUAACCCAAGGACGACGCACAGCUACCGUGAGGGCCGAGACCUACUGUCGCCUUUACUCCCUGAGUGUGGACAGUUUCAACGAGGUCCUAGAGGAGCAUCCUUUGAUGAGGAGGGCGUUUGAGAGUGUGGCUGUGGACCGACUGGGCCGGGUUGCUCGCAGACCCAGCUAUCAGCCUCCCCCACCUGAGUGACUUCCUCAGUACUGAUGGAGAGAAGACUACAGCCAGAAACAUAUUUCACGCUUUGAAUGAACUUGACUACAUGACAAAGAAACCUUCAAUGUAAAUUUGACUGAUUGCUGUUUACUUUAGUGCUCAGUGAUGGACUUGGUGGAAAAUAUCGUACCUUCAGUUGAUUUAAUUUUGUUACUUGAAUCUCAACAAGCAAUAUGAUAAUUUUUGUGUUAGAGCUUUGUACAUUUUUGUGUUAGAUCCAUUGUGUAGUUUACCAACUCUAUGUACUAAAGCUAGCUUUUCGUAAUGUAAAUACUGCUUUGACAACCAUUUUUAUUUGCCCGUAUGCUUUCUGAGACUGCAGUUUCAUCAUCCAUCACAUAAUUGAUACCAGAUAUUGGAAGCACACAGGAGACCAGCUGGGCAAUAACAUCAUGCAGCUGUGUGA